CAGAAUAAAUCCACAAUUAAACAGUGUGUUAAUUGAUUUCGAUCAGAUCUUAGAGCCAAAGCACAACAUUAGUUUAUCCUAUUGAAGUUCGAUAUAUGCAACUUUGGUAUUCGGGUAUAAUUUUUAAUUAUCAGGAGUCUGUCUGGGGUUUCUUUUUGCGAGUGCCGGGCAGAUUUAACAUUUUUGAUUUAAUAUGGUAACACUGCGUUUUACAAUUACUAACUUGCCAUUAUUUACCUACGCUAUAAAGUAAAUGCAGUUUUCAUUUAAACAGUUGAUUUGUCACUGUGUAGUAAAUGGUACCUGUGUUUAAUGUUUAUUAUUUACCUAUAGGUACGUUGCUCUUAAGAUAUUGUUGGUUCAAAUUUUCGAUCAACAAUAUUAUGUGGUGUUGAUCAGGUUCAAACCAAAUGUGAACUAGAUUUACCUAUACCUGUAUGUCAGUCGUUUCGAUGUAGCAUCAUCGUUUUAACGAUAAAAUUGGUGAAAAUAAAAUAAAUUUGUGAUGUGUAUUGUAACAAGACAGGGUACUACGCCUUUGUAAAUUAAGAGUUUCAAGAGAAAAACAACACAUACCGGAAAAAUAUAAAUGAUGUCGGCGACAUACUACGAUUACUACGAUGGUAGUAAAUUGUUUCUUUUUAUUUCAAAUAGAAUUGGUCUACCUAUAGAUCUUGUUAAUUUUUUGGUAGCACAAGUAGCUGCACUAUGCCUGGCCAGACUAUUUCGGAAACCAUUGCGGCUUGCUUCACCAGAAUUUCGUCAUUCUGUGUGCCUUGUUAUAGGUUUGCUAAUGGGAUAUUUCUGCUUUGGAAAACAAGCGGUCCAUUUAUCGAUCCUACCGAUGUUAAGUUUUAUACUUUUAAAGACGUUACCUCAUCGCAUCAUGGGAAAUGUUAUAUUGACCACGUCAAUGUUAUAUUUGUCCUGUCUUCACUUACAUCGGCAGCUCUAUCAUACGGCGAAUUAUUCAUUAGAUAUAACAGGUCCUCUAAUGGUGAUUACUCAGAGGGUCACGUCUCUAGCGUAUCUUCUACAAGAUAAUCUGCUUAAGAAAGAGUUGAACUGCAAUAAUGCGAAAGGCGACGGUCCAGCAGCAAAAGUAGACAAGAUACCAUCGCCUCUGGAAUACUUCGCCUACACGCUCGCCUUCCAGACACUCAUGUGUGGUCCUGUCGUCUUCUACUCUGAUUAUAUCAAAUUUAUUGAAAGUGGUCGAGUUAACGGGGUUGUGAAGGACAAAUCGAAUGAAUCGGAACCAUCACCGCGGCGCGCCGUUCUGUACAAGGUGGUAGGCUCAGUUGCCGCGGCCGUUCUUUAUCUCACGCUGGCUCAGAAGUAUCCUCUAACAGUUCUAGAAGAACUAACAGACCCUACAUCGGAGGUGUCUCGGUCGUGGUCGGCGGUGUACUUGCUGUGGUACGCCUAUCUCUCCACGCUGGUGGUGAGAUGCAAGUACUACCACGCGUGGCUGCUCUCCGAGGCCAUAUGCAACAACUCCGGUAUGGGCUUCAAUGGUUACGAGGCCGACGGCACCCCCAAAUGGGACAAAAUGUCCAACAUUGAUGUCUUCGGAUUUGAGUUCGCGGGCAACUUCCGCACGGCGGUUGCGAGCUGGAACCGCAACACGAACACGUGGCUGCGCAGCGUGGCGUACGCGCGUGGCGGCGGUGGUGCAGGCACCGCGCGCGUCUACGCACUCUCCGCGCUCUGGCACGGCUUCCACCCAGGAUACUAUCUCACAUUCUUUGCUGGGGGACUGUUCACAGUCGCCGCUAAGAAGGUGCGGACCGUGAUUCGUCCGAUGUUCUUAGACAGCAGACCGAAGAAGUUCUUCUACGACUCGCUGACGUUCAUAACGACCCGCGUCGCUAUGACCUACGCCACUGUGCCUUUUGUUCUGCUUCAUCUUGCGCCUAGCCUGGCCUUUUAUGGGAAAUUUUACUAUUCAUUACAUUUUAUUGCACUGGGUGCAUUAUUAUUACCGAGCAAGUCGGGCAAUAUGUCAACCAGUACGUCAACACAUGAACUUCCACCGAUGUCUUCCAAAGGUAACAAAGAUGUACCUACCGAUACUAAUGGUGACCUCAACGGUAAACUAAAAAUGUCCUAAAAGUCGAUUUUUAUCCUAUUGAUUUUAUAUCUUUGAAAUAGCAUUAAACAUCUCAGUAACAUUUGCAGAAAUAACUUGCAUUUAUUAAAUAACAAAGUAUUAUUUUAUGUUUUUAAAUUAUAUAUUUUUUGUUUUAUGUACAUCCUAUACUAUAAUAGUUGAAUAUUGUGUAAUAUGUCGACCUUUAACUCCUUUACGUAAUCCUAAAAAUUACAGACAAGUAAUUUCAUUUAUGAAGUAGUAUUUAAAAUGACUACAUCCUUUACAAUGUAAAAAUAUAUAACGGACAUAUUCCUAUUACAUAGUUUCUUUAAUUUUACUUGCAAUGGACUUCUAAAUAUACAUUUUGUAUAUGACUUGACAAGUCUACAAUAAAAAGACAUAUUUUCCUGACAUGCUUUGUCCGACACCUUUGUAGAGCGUUGUCUCUGUCGCACAAAGCAUUAUAUCUCAUAAGUAUGGUAUUUUAUGAGAGAUAACGCUAUACAAACACGAAACGUCAGUUGUCUCUUUCUAACUGAUUUUCCUAACUCGUUAUUGCUUACUGUUUAUUUUUAGGGCAUAUUGAAUUAUGUGUUUAAUUUAAUAAUAAGAUGUUAUUGAUUAUAAAUGA